AUGGUACUGAUGGAAGCGGGCUCGCAUGCCGGCUGCUGCUGCUGCAACUCCCCCGAUUCGGCUGCCGUUGCUGUGCUCAUGCAGUGUUCCCACAUGGAGCGACUGCCUGAGGAUCGUUGGAGGAUGAUGGGCGGUGCACACAUGAUGGAUCGGGAGGAGCAGCUGUGGACACACACGUCCAUGGUCAUGGUGGGCACAUUCAACCACAGCAACGCAGUCAUGUGCAGCUCCUCUGUCAUCACCGCCAUCGACCGCACAGCCGCCAUCACACUCCGGCCGACACCAGCCCCAAUCUGGCGUGAGGCAGACCUUGCACAUGUCACUCGCUCUGAUGAAGAGGUAAGCAAUCGGUUGGAACCAACGAUGAUGGCGAUGACGAGUGAUGGAGCAACAGAUGAUGGCUUGCUGCAUUGGAUGAACUGGCCCUCUGCCUCUCGUCCAUCUCCUCCUCGUCCUCGUCUUCGUCGUCAUUGGUCACCAACAGCAGCGGCUGCAGCCAUGGAUGUGGAGGGUGUGAUGUGCGUCGAUGUGCUGUUGCCUCGCAUGAAGACGCUGCUGCUGGUGGACGGUGGCCGAUCUCUUCCCAAGCCCUCAUGACAUGAGCAGGGCGAUACACGCACACACACAACCGUGCGAGAAAAGAAGACACAAGGUG